UCACGUGCGCUCCCGUCAUGCCCCGCAAGCUGCCGUUCAGCGCCAAGCGGAAAAAGCAACAGCUCCGGGACCGGCGGGAGCGGAAACGGGGCGAUGCCCCGGCCGGGCCGGCCUCGGGCCCCGGCAGCCGCAGCGGGAGCCGCGAGCGGGGCGGCGAUGGCCCCCCCGGAGACCCCCCCCCGGAGCCCCCCCGGCGCCACGACCCCGGCAGGUUCCGGCUGCAGCUGGGGGGGCCCCGGGCCGAGGCCCUGGAGCGGAGCGGGCGCCGGGCCCAGGAGGAGCUGCUGGAGCUGCUGCCCGAGAGCGCCCUGGAGCUGGAUCCCGACAGCGUCUACGGGCCCGGGCUGGAUUUCCCCCGGCGCCCGCCCUGGAGCUUCGGGAUGAGCCCCGAGGAGCUGCGGGCGCGGGAGGAGGCGGCGUUUGGGGACUUCCUCAGGGCCCUGGGGGACAGCCCUGGGGACAGCCCUGGGGACAGCAGAGGGGACAGCCGGGGCCUGGCGCCCUUCGAGCACAACCUGGAGACGUGGCGGCAGCUGUGGCGCGUGCUGGAGAUGUCCGACAUCGUGCUGGUCAUCGCCGACGCCCGGCACCCGGCGCUGGGCGUGCCCCCAUCCCUGUGCGCCCACGUCACGCAGCGCCUGGCCAAGGGUCUCAUCCUCAUCCUCAACAAGGUGGACCUGGCCCCGCCCUCGGUGGCCGUGGCCUGGAGCCACCUGCUGAGGGCUCGCUACGGCCCCGGCCGCGUGGUCCCGUUCAGCACCUGCCCCGGACCCCCCCCCGGCCCCGGACUGCAGAAGAGGCAGAAGAAGAGGGGGGGGCGCUGGGGCCGCGCCGUGGGACCCCGACUGCUGCUGGAGGCCUGCGAGGAGAUCGUGGGGGGGGCCGUUGACCUGAGCAGCUGGCGGGCGCGGCUGGAGCGGGCGGAGCAGCGCCCCGAGGAUGAUGAAGAUGAUGAGGAUGAGGAGGAGGAGGAGCCCCUGGGAGGGGAUGAAGAGGAGGAGGAGGAGGGGGCGGGGCCUGGGGACGUGGCCCCGCCCCGGCAGUGGGAGCGCUACCGGCACGGCGUGCUGACCCUGGGCUGCGUGGGGCUGCCCAACGCAGGUAAAUCGUCGGUGCUGAACGCGGUGCUGGGCCGCAGCGCAGUGGGCGUGUCCCGCGCCCCCGGCCGCACCCGCUACUUCCAGACGCAUUUCCUGACGGCCCAGGUGCGGCUCUGCGACUGCCCCGGCCUCGUGUUCCCCUCCCGGGCCCCGCCUGAGCUGCAGGUCCUGGCAGGGGUGUACCCCAUAGCCCAGCUGCAGGACCCCUAUUCUGCCGUGGGCUUUUUGGGGUCCCGCCUGGCCCUGCCCCCCCUGCUGCAGCUGCGCCCCCCAAACGGCCCCGGCUGGACGGCCUGGGAGCUCUGCGAAGCCUGGGCAGAGCAGAGAGGCUACAAGACGGCGCGGGCGGCUCGGAACGACGUGGCCAGGGCGGCCAACGGGCUCCUGAGGAUGGCGGCCGAGGGCAGGAUCAGGCUGUGCCUCAGGCCCCCGGGCUAUUCCCUGCAGAAAGAGCACUGGGAGCUCCACCCCGACACCGCGGCCAUGGCGGCCAUGACAGGGGGCGGGGCCACCACCCCUCCCCCACCCGGCGCCGCCUCCAGCUCCGAGGACGACGAGGGGGAGGAGCCAGAGGAGGCCACGCCCCCUCCCAGCCCCGCCCCCAACCCCUUCGCGCUGCUGGGGGAGGACGAGUGCUGAGCCACGCCCCCUUUCGGGGGAGGAGCCAAUCGGAGCGCGCGGAUUAGCAUACGGCCACAUAUGGAAUAAAGGGUUUAUUUC